AUGAAGCGUCCUCGCGGUGGCUACACGGACACCAACGAUGAGCGCGCCGACAAGGUGCACAACUUCAUCAAGGGUCUUCGUUUUUCUGUCCCGCUCUACCGCCUCCGUGAGCAGCAGGAACGCCGCGCGUGCCCCAAGUGUAACAAGCGUCGCCUCUUCUACUGCUACGACUGCCUCACUGCCGUACACCCAGAGUCCCAUCCACCACCGCUGGGGCUUCCGCUCAACGUGUAUGUGGUGCUGCACCCCAACGAGCUUCGCAGCAAGAGUACCAGUUUAGCUGCAUCAACAAUUUCCCCCGACUUGCACAUUGUAGAGUAUCCAGCGGUGCCGGGGCAGCUGGAGCCAGAGAGUACUCUGGUCUUGUAUCCCAGCGAGCAGAGCGUGGAACUGCACGAGGUGGAGCAUCUUGGCCAGUACAAGAAUGUCGUCUUCAUCGACAGCACGUGGCAGCAGAGCAAAGCGAUUGUGCGGGAUGAGCGGGUGAAAAAGUUUAAGCACGUCCGCAUCAAGUCGCAGACGUCGCUCUUCUGGCGCUUCCAAAACAAUGACCCGACAUACCUGGCCACCGUCGAGGCAAUCUACUACUUUCUGCGCGAAUACAUCACGCAUGUGAAUAAAGUGAAGGCACAGUCGAAGCACAGUGGCAGCAUCCCGUCCCCACCACCGCCCGCGCACCAGGUAGAAGCGAAGGAUAGCGAAGCCUCCACUUCAGCCUCCAACGAAGUCAGUCCGAAUACCACUGAUGAGACGGCAAGCAGCGCCGACGCCGCAGCCUUCUAUCACGGGGAGGUGGAUGACCUCCUCUACUACUACAUCAACCAGUACAUCGGCGUUCAACAGCGCUACACUAGCAGCGAUUCGAACAAGUACACCGAUCGCCACUUCAGCGGGUACAUUAUCCAAAACACCUCAUGGGACAAGCUCCUUGUGCCGCCGCCAGCUGACAGUAACGCUAGCGAAACGGCGGCCGAGGCGCCACGUGAGACCGCUGAGUAG